AUGGCCAGAAACAAGCUUCGUAUCCUCUGCUUUGGCGACUCCCUGACCGCGGGCUACGCGUCUCUCGGCACCGUCUACAGGCCGUACAGCGAACAGAUGGUAGAGCUGCUUCGGCCUGCCCUCCCAGACGUCGAGAUCGAGACGGUGGUGGAUGGAAGGCCGGGCGACACCACGACCGGCUUCCUUUCUCGAUUGGGCCCCCACUUCGGGCCAGGAAAGCCUAGCUAUGAUUGGACCAUACUGCUCGGGGGCACAAACGACCUGGCGUACAACCGCACCGCCGAGGCCGUCUUUGAGAACCUUUCUAAGUGCUGGGGCGUCGCCCAGGCGCACGGCAGUAAGGUGCUCGUCCUGACGGUGCCCGAGGUCGGCGUCACGGGCAGCGCGCUCGUCAACAGCCGGAGGGACGAGCUGAACCGGCUCAUCAAGAACGCUGAGGGUGGAAAUAUAUAUGUCCAUGACCACCACGCGGCCGUCCCAUUCUGGGCCAUGUCCGAGAACGACCGACGGCUGCACUGGGACGACAAUGUCCAUCUGACCCCGAGCGGAUACGAUCUGAUGGGCCAAAAGAUAGCCGCUCGGUUCCUCGAGGUCCUCCGCGGGGAGACGCCAGGUGGUGGCCCGCAGCCGGCCAAGACACAGGACCAGGCGGCGGCGCCGACGGCGGCAGCAGCAGCAGCCACCACCCGGUCGAGGCGGGCGCGCAGCAAGGUUUUCAAGGACGACAAUCUGGUCUUUGACGAGGAGUCGGGCGACUCGACGCGCCUGGGGCAGGGGUACGUCGUCGUGAGGAAAAAGGACCUGGAAUGA